UCCUCUCUCGGUGACUGUGUGUGUGUAGUGACAGAAUAGACCCACAGAGAAAUGGAGAUCACCCACACUGUGCAGGUCCUGGUCCGGUCGCUGCUGCUGCUGCUGCUCUGCUCGAGCUGUGACGGCAGCGAGUCGGAGCUGAACUACGUUACGUGCGGCUCCCUGGUCAAACUGCUCAACACCAGACACAACGUCCGCCUGCACUCACACGACGUCGAGUAUGGCUCAGGCAGUGGACAGCAGUCUGUAACUGGAGAGGACAACGCAGACGAUGCCAACAGUUAUUGGCAGAUUCGUGGGAAGCCAAACCGUCCAUGUCAGCGCGGGGUGGCCGUCAGGUGUGGUGAGUCCAUCCGCAUCACCCACAUGAAGACCGGUCGAAACCUCCACACCCACCACUUCAGCUCACCCCUGUCUAAUAACCAGGAGGUCAGUGCCUUUGGGGAGAACGGCGAAGGUGACAACCUGGAUUUGUGGACAGUGCAGUGCGAUGCCGUCCACUGGGAGCGUGACGACACUGUGCGCUUCAAACACGUGGGCACCGAUGUCUUCCUGAGCGUGACAGGAGAGCAGUUUGGCCAUCCCAUCCGCGGCCAGCGGUAGGUGCAUGGCAUGAGCUCCUCCAACCAGCACAACUGGUGGCGCGCAAUGGAGGGCGUGUUCAUUCAGCCCAGCCAGGAGCUAAUACGCCACGAUGAGCUCUGACCUCAUCACGGCAUGGACAUGUGUG